AUCAAUCCAAACCAACACUUCAACUAAAAACUAGGACCUCUUAAUUAUCGCCAUGCAACCCCACAAUUCUUUCCACUACAAGAACAUACACCUUGUUUCCGUCUUCCAUUCUUGACCCACUUCUAUGACCACCAUCUUUCUCCAUCCAUCUCUCCUCUAUAAUUUUGUUUUUUCACCUGAUUUUGGUUUUUUUUUUGUAAUUAAUGGCUUUGAUUGUCGACCAGCAAUCAAGCUUCAAACAUUUCUGUAAAAUUUGCAAGAAAGGUUUUGGGUGUGGUAGAGCGUUAGGAGGGCACAUGAGGGCACAUGGAAUAGGGGAUGAAGGUCACAUCGACGACGAUGAUCCUCCUAGUGAUUGGGAGGAUAAACUUGGCGGCAAUGUACCCUCCACCAACAAGUGCAUGUAUGCCCUAAGAAAAAACCCAAAUCGCCUCAAAAGCUGCCGGGUUUGUGAGAAUUGUGGCAAAGAAUUCUUGUCCUGGAAAUCCUUCCUUGAACAUGGGAAAUGUAGUAGCUCUGUAGAUGCAGAGUCCCUUGUGUCCUCGCCAGGCUCUGAUGGGGAGGAUGGGAAUGGUGGCCGCCGGCGAGGAUGUGGGUGGUCAAAAAGGAAGAGAUCAUUUAGAGCCAAAGUGGGAAAUUUCAGUCCACAUUGCCCAUCAAAUGAGGAAGAAGACCUUGCCAAUUGCUUAAUGAUGUUGUCUAAUGCCACGGUGGAUCCAAUGGAGGUAGAACCAGAAGAGUCUUGUGCUUCGGCUAGCAAAGAGGAGGAACGAAGAAACCCUAUGAACAUAAUGAGUCCUAUGUCACGUGGGUUGACAAUUGACAACAAUAAGUUGAAAGGGGUCGCUAAUAAAGCCUUGUUCGAAUGUAAAGCAUGCAAGAAAGUGUUCAAUUCCCACCAAGCAUUGGGCGGUCAUAGGGCUAGCCACAAGAAAGUUAAAGGGUGCUUUGCCGCCAGGCUUGAUCACCUCGAAGAUAGUAUGGCUGAUGAUGAUGUCAUCACACAUGAAGAGUUCUUUCCCAAUAAAUCCAAUUCAACCCUACAAUUCGAUCAUGGGUCUAAUACUCCAUCAGCUUAUACCUCGAAGAGAAAAUCGAAGGUGCAUGAAUGUUCAAUAUGUCAUCGUAUAUUCUCAUCAGGGCAGGCAUUGGGUGGGCACAAGAGGUGUCAUUGGAUCACGUCCAACUCCACGACAAACACGUAUACUCUAGCCAAGUUCCAUGAAUUUCAAGAGAGUUUGGAGCAACAAAUGAUGAACCAAAAGCCUAUGUUUGAUGCUUCGGAUCCACUUGAUCUGAAGCUUGAUCUUAACCUACCGGCUCCAAUGGAUGAGAAUGGAGUAGGUAGAAGAGAGCGUCCUAAUCCAUCAAGCUUGGAUGUCUCUACAAAUUUCUUUUUACAGCCAUGGAUUGGGACAAAGGAGGAGGACAAUCCUCAACACCACUCACACCACCAAAACGACAAUGACAACAUUAACAACAACGGCUAUAAUCAUAAUAACAACAACAAUAAUAACAGCAGUGAUGUGUCAAUGCAGAAUGCGGUUGAUGAAGCAGACAGUAAGGCAAAGUUAGCAAAGCUAAGUGAACUAAAGGAUAUUACCAACAGUGGGGGCUCCUCACCAUGGUUGCAGGUGGGGAUUGGUUCAACAACUGAUGUUGGAGCUGACCCAUAAUUUCAUGUCAAGGAAUGUGAGAUUUUCUCAGCACUCUGCCCCCCCCCCCCCCCCCCUCUUUUGUUCAAAAAAUUUUGUACCAAGAAAACUGUAAUUAUCGCAAACAAGCCAUAGCUCAACAUUCUUGUUAAAACUUAUUUUUGAACUGUUAAUGUACAUUAUAGUGGGUGAAUAGGAACCCAUAGAAGCCCCAAUCCCUUUCAUGCAUAGCAUGGUUUAUACUUCGACUAAAUCAUUGUACUCUAUCUAUAUGAUUUUUCUUGUUAAAAAUUGUUUGGCAAAGAAAAAAAGAUUCAAGUGCUGUCAUGAUA